UCCAUCGAUAAUGAAGUCUAUUGAUCCUAUUCUCCACGGAUGAUAAGUCCAUUAAGCACCAAUUUGGCCCAAUUUAUUUUCGGAUGGCAUUUUGGUAAUUUUUUGGGCGACCAAGGCAAUUUUCCAUAGCUUUUGAAGGCUACAUAUCACAGAUUCAGCCUGAGGAUAUUCUACAACGAUGAUUAAGUCCAUUAAGUGACGAUUUGGUAGAAUUUAUUCCGAGUCCAUUUUUUGCAUAUUCCAAAGGGGUACCAUCACAGAUUUCGGGCGAUUUUUCCGAAAUGCCAUUUUCUUUCGAUUCUGGAGGUUGUAGAUCACGGAAUCAGGCCUUGCCUAUUCUCCAUCGAUAAUGAAGUCUAUUGAUCCUAUUCUCCACGGAUGAUAAGUCCAUUAAGCACCGAUUUGGGCCAAUUUAUUUUCGAAUGGCAUUUUCGUAAUUUUUUGUUCGACGAAAUACAAUUUUCUUUGGAUUUUGAAGGCUACAGAUUACGGAUUUGGCCUGAGGCUAUUCUUCAAAGAUGGUCAAGUCCAUUAAUUGCCAAUUUGGGCGAAUUUAUUCCGAGUCCAUUUUUGGCAAAUUCCAAAGGGGUACCAUCACAGAUUUCGGGCGAUUUUUCCGAAAUACCAUUUUCUUUCGAUUCUGGAGGCUAUAGAUCACGGUAUCAGGCCGAGCCUAUUCUCCAUCGAUAAUGAAGUCUAUCGAUCCCAUUCUCCACGGAUGAUAAGUCCAUUAAGCACCGAUUUGGGCCAAUUUAUUUUCGGAUAACAUUUUCGUAAUUUUUUGGGCGACGAAAUACAUUUUUCUUUGGAUUUUGAAGGCUACAGAUCACGGAUUCGGCCUGAGGCUAAUUUGGCCUGAGGCUAUUCUUCAACGAUGAUUAAGUCCAUUAAGUGCUGAUUUGGGCGAAUUUAUUCCGGGUCCAUUUUUGGCAAAUUCCAAAGGGGUACCAUCACAGAUUUCGGGAUAUUUUCCGAAAUGCCAUUUUCUUUAGAUUCUGGAGGUUGUAGAUCACGGAAUCAGGCCGAGCCUAUUCUCCACUGAUAAUGAAGUCUAUUGAUACUAUUCUCCACGGAUGAUAAGUCCAUUAAGCACCGAUUUGGGCCAAUUUAAUUUCGGAUGGUAUUUUCAUAAUUUUUUGGGCGAAGAAAGGCAAUUUUCCAUGGAUUAUGAAGGCUACAGAUCACGGAUUCAGACUGAGGCUAUUCUUGAACGAUGAUUAAGUCCAUUUAGUGCCGAUUUGGGCGAAUUUAUUCUGGGUCCAUUUUUGGCAGAUUCCAAAGGGGGUACAACCACAUAUUUCGGGUGAUUUUUCUGAAAUGUCAUUUUCUUUCUAUUCUGGAGGUUGUUGAUCACAGAAUCAGGCAGAGCCUAUUCUCCAUCGAUAUGAAGUUUAUUGAUCCUAUUCUCCACGGAUGAUAAGUCCAUUAAGCACCGUUUUGGGCCAAUUUAUUUUCGGAUGGCAUUUUCGUUAUUUUUUGGGCAAAGAAAUACAAUUUUCUUUGGAUUUUGAAGGCUACAGAUCACGUAUUCGGCCUGAGAAUAUUCCUCAACGAUGAUUAAAUCCAUCAAGUGCCGAUUUGGGCUAAUUUAUUCCGGGUCCAUUUUUGGUAGAUUCCAAAGGGGUACCAUCACAGAUUUCGGACGAUUUUUCUGAAAUGCCAUUUUCUUUCGAUUCUGGAGGCUGUAGAUCACGGAAUCUGGCCGAGCCUAUUCUCCAUCAAUAAUGAAGUCUAUUGAUCCUAUUCUCCACGGAUGAUAAGUCCAUUAAGCAUCGAUUUGGGCCAAUUUUAUUUCGGAUGGUAUUUUCGUAAUUUUUUGGGCGGGGAAAGGCAAUUUUCUAUGGAUUUUGAAGGCUACUGAUCCCGGAUUCGGCCUGAGUCUAUUCUUCAAUGAUUAUUAAAUCCAUUAAGUGCCGAUUUUGGCGAAUUUAUUCCAGGUCCAUUUUUGGCAGAUUCCAAAGGGGUACCAUCACAUAUUUUGGGCGAUUUUUCCGAAAUGCCAUUUUCUUUCGAUUCUGGAGGUUGUAGAUCACGGAAUCAGGCCGAGCCUAUUCUCGAUCGAUAACGAAGUCUGUUGAUCCUAUUCUACACCGAUGAUAAGUCCAUUAAGCACCGAUUUGGGCCAGUUUAUUUUCGGAUGGCAUUUUUGUAAUUUUUUGGACUACGAAAUACAAUUUUCUUUGGAUUUUGAAGGCUACAGAUCACGGAUUCAGCCUGAGGCUAUUCUUCAACGAUGAUUAAGUCCAUUAAGUGUCGAUUUGGGCGAAUUUAUUCUGGGUCCAUUUAUGGCAGAUUCCAAAGGGGUACCGUCACAGAUUUCUGGCGAUUAUACCGAAAUGCCAUUUUCUUUCGAUUCUGGAGGCUGUAGAUCACGGAAUCAGGCCGAGCCUAUUCUCCAUCGAUAACGAAGUCUAUUGAUCCUAUUCUCCACGGAUGAUAAGUCCAUUAAGCACCAAUUUGGGCCAAUUUAUUUUUGGAUGGUAUUUUCGUAAUUUUUUGGGCGAAGAAAGGCAAUUUUCCAUGGAUUUUGAAGGCUACAAAUCACGGAUUCAGUCUGAUGCUAUUCUUCAAGGAUGAUUAAGUACAUUAAGUGCCGAUUUGGGAGAAUUUAUUCCGGGUCCAUUUUUGGCAGAUUCCAAAGGGGUACCAUCACAGAUUUCGGGCGAUUUUUCCGAAAUGUCAUUUUCUUUCGAUUUUGGAGGCUGUAGAUCACAGAAUCAGGCCGAGCCUAUUCUCCAUCGAUAAUGAAGUCCAUUGAUCCUAUUCUACACCGAUGAUAAGUCCAUUAAGCACCGAUUUGGGCCAGUUUAUUUUCGGAUGGCAUUUUUGUAAUUUUUUGGACGACGAAAUACAAUUUUCUUUGGAUUUUGAAGGCUACAGAUCACGGAUUCAGCCUGAGGCUAUUCUUCAACGAUGAUUAAGUCCAUUAAGUGUCGAUUUGGGCGAAUUUAUUCUGGGUCCAUUUUUGGCAGAUUCCAAAGGGGUACCAUCACAGAUUUCAGGCGAUUUUACCGAAAUGCCAUUUUCUUUCGAUUCUAGAGGCUGUAGAUCACGGAAUCAGGCCGAGCCUAUUCUCCAUCGAUAACGAAGUCUAUUGAUUAUAUUCUCCACGGAUGAUAAGUCCAUUAAGCACCAAUUUGGGCCAAUUUAUUUUUGGAUGGUAUUUUCGUAAUUUUUUGGGCGAAGAAAGUCAAUUUUCCAUGGAUUUUGAAGGCUACAAAUCAAGGAUUCAGCAUGAGGAUAUUCUUCAACGAUGAUUAAGUACAUUAAGUGCCGAUUUGGGCGAAUUUAUUCCGGGUCCAUUUUUGGCAGAUUCCAAAGGGGUACCAUCACCGAUUUCAGGCGAUUUUUCGGAAAUGCCAUUUUCUUUCGAUUCUGGAGGCUGUAGAUCACGGAAUUAGGCCAAGCCUAUUCUCCAUCGAUAAUGAAGCUAUUGAUCUUAUUCACCACGAAUGAUAAGUCCAUUAAGCACCGAUUUGGGCCAAUCUAUUUUCGGCGGCGAAAUACAAUUUUCUUUGGAUUUUGAAGGCUACAGAUCACGGAUUCGCCCUGAGGCUAUUCUUCAACGAUGAUUAAGUCCAUUAAGUGCCGGUUUGGGCGAAUUUAUUCCGGGUCCAUUUUUGGCAGAUUCCAAAGGGGUACCAUCAGAGAUUUUGGGCGAUUUUUCCGAAAUGCCAUUUUCUUUCGAUUCUGGAACCUAAAGAUCACUGAAUACGGUCGAGCCUAUUCUCCAUCAAUAAUGAAGUCUAUUGAUCCUAUUCUCCACGGAUGAUAAGUCCAUUAAGCACCGAUUUGGGCCAAUUUAAUUUCAGAUGGUAUUUUCAUAAUUUUUUGGGCGAAGAAAGGCAAUUUUCCAUGGAUUAUGAAGGCUACAGAUCACGGAAUAAGACUGAGGCUAUUCUUGAACGAUGAUUAAGUCCAUUAAGCACCGAUUUGGUCCAAUUUAUUUUCGGAUGGUAUUUUCGUAAUUUUUGGGGCGAAGAAAGGCAAUUUUCAUGGAUUUUCAAGGCUACAGAUCACGGAUUCAGCCUGUGGCUAUUCUUCAACGAUGAUUAAGUCCAUUAAGUGCUGAUUUGGGCGGAUUUAUUCCGGGUCCAUUAUUGGCAGAUUCCAAAGGGGUACCAUCACAGAUUUCGGGCGAUUUUUCCGAAAUGCAAUUUUCUUUAGAUUCUGGAGGCUAUAGAUCACGGAAUCAGGCCAAGCCUAUUCUCCAUCGAUAACGAAGUCUAUUGAUCCUAUUCUCCACGGAUGAUAAGUCCAUUAAGCACCAAUUUGGGCCAAUUUAUUUUUGGAUGGUAUUUUCGUAAUUUUUUGGGCGAAGAAAGUCAAUUUUCCAUGGAUUUUGAAGGCUACAAAUCAAGGAUUCAGCAUGAGGAUAUUCUUCAACGAUGAUUAAGUACAUUAAGUGCCGAUUUGGGCGAAUUUAUUCCGGGUCCAUUUUUGGCAGAUUCCAAAGGGGUACCAUCACAGAUUUCAGGCGAUUUUUCGGAAAUGCCAUUUUCUUUCGAUUCUGGAGGCUGUAGAUCACGGAAUUAGGCCAAGCCUAUUCUCCAUCGAUAAUGAAGCUAUUGAUCUUAUUCACCACGAAUGAUAAGUCCAUUAAGCACCGAUUUGUGCCAAUCUAUUUUCGGAUGGCAUUUUUGUAAUUUUUUGGUCGACGAAAUACAAUUUUCUUUGGAUUUUGAAGGCUACAGAUCACAGAUUCAACCUGAGGCUAUUCUUCAACGAUGAUUUAGUCCAUUAAGUGGCGAUUUGGGCGAAUUUAUUCCGGGUCCAUUUUUGGCAGAUUCCAAAGGGGUACCAUCACAGAUUUCGGGCGAUUUUUCCAAAAUGCCAUGUUCUUACGAUUCUGGAGGUUGUAGAUCACGGAAUCAGGCCGAGCAUAUUCUCCAUCGAUAAUGAAGUCUAUUGAUCCUAUUCUCCACGGAUGAUAAGUCCAUUAAGCACCGAUUUGGUCCAAUUUAUUUUCGGAUGGUAUUUUCGUAAUUUUUUGGGCGAAGAAAGGCAAUUUUCCAUGGAUUUUGAAAGCUACAGAUCACGGAUUCAGCCUGAGGCUAUUCUUCAACAUUGAUUAAGUCCAUUAAGUGCCGAUUUGGGCGAAUUUAUUCCGGGUCCAUUUUUGGCAGAUUCCAAAAGGAGUACCAUCAUAGAUUUCGGGCGAUUUUUCCGAAAUGCCAUUUUCUUUUGAUUCUGGAGGCUGUAGAUCACGGAAUUAGGCCGAGCCUAUUCUCCAUCUAUAAUGAAGUCUAUUGAUCCUAUUCUCCACGGAUGAUAAGUCCAUUAAGCACCGAUUUGGGCCAAUUUAUUUUCGGAUGGUAUUUUCGAAUUUUGUGGGCGAAGAAAGGCAAUUUUCCAUGGAUUUUGAAGGCUACAGAUCACGGAUUUAGCCUCAAGCUAUUCUUCAACGAUGAUUAAGUCCAUUUAGUGCCGAUUUGGGCGAAUUUAUUUCGGUUCCAUUUUUGGCAGAUUCCAAAGGGGGUACUAGCACAGAUUUCAGGCGAUUUUUCCGAAAUGCCAUGUUCUUACGAUUCUGGAGGUUUUAGAUCACGGGAUCAGGCCGAGCAUAUUCUCCACAGCUAAUGAAGUCUAUUGAUCCUAUUCUCCACGGAUGAUAAGUCCAUUAAGCACCGAUUUGGUCCAAUUUAUUUUCGGAUGGUAUUUUCGUAAUUUUUGGGGCGAAGAAAGGCAAUUUUCAUGGAUUUUGAAGGCUACAGAUCACGGAUUCAGCCUGUGGCUAUUCUUCAACGAUGAUUAAGUCCAUUAAGUGCUGAUUUGGGCGGAUUUAUUCCGGGUCCAUUUUUGGCAGAUUCCAAAGGGGUACCAUCACAGAUUUCGGGCGAUUUUUCCGAAAUGCAAUUUUCUUUAGAUUCUGGAGGCUAUAGAUCACGGAAUCAGGCCAAGCCUAUUCUCCAUCGAUAAUGAAGUCUAUUGAUCCUAUUCUCCACGGAUGAUAAGUCCAUUAAGCACCAAUUUGGCCCAAUUUAUUUUCGGAUGGCAUUUUGGUAAUUUUUUGGGCGACCGAGGCAAUUUUCCAUAGCUUUUGAAGGCUACAGAUCACAGAUUCAGCCUGAGGAUAUUCUACAACGAUGAUUAAGUCCAUUAAGUGACGAUUUGGUAGAAUUUAUUCCGAGUCCAUUUUUUGCAUAUUCCAAAGGGGUACCAUCACAGAUUUCGGGCGAUUUUUCCGAAAUGCCAUUUUCUUUCGAUUCUGGAGGUUGUAGAUCACGGAAUCAGGCCUUGCCUAUUCUCCAUCGAUAAUGAAGUCUAUUGAUCCUAUUCUCCACGGAUGAUAAGUCCAUUAAGCACCGAUUUGGGCCAAUUUAUUUUCGGAUGGCAUUUUCGUAAUUUUUUGUUCGACGAAAUACAAUUUUCUUUGGAUUUUGAAGGCUACAGAUUACGGAUUUGGCCUGAGGCUAUUCUUCAAAGAUGGUCAAGUCCAUUAAUUGCCAAUUUGGGCGAAUUUAUUCCGAGUCCAUUUUUGGCAAAUUCCAAAGGGGUACCAUCACAGAUUUCGGGCAAUUUUUCCGAAAUGCCAUUUUCUUUCGAUUCUGGAGGCUAUAGAUCACGGUAUCAUGCCGAGCCUAUUCUCCAUCGAUAAUGAAGUCUAUCGAUCCCAUUCUCCACGGAUGAUAAGUCCAUUAAGCACCGAUUUGGGCCAAUUUAUUUUCGGAUAACAUUUUCGUAAUUUUUUGGGCGACGAAAUACAUUUUUCUUUGGAUUUUGAAGGCUACAGAUCACGGAUUCGGCCUGAGGCUAAUUUGGCCUGAGGCUAUUCUUCAACGAUGAUUAAGUCCAUUAAGUGCUGAUUUGGGCGAAUUUAUUCCGGGUCCAUUUUUGGCAAAUUCCAAAGGGGUACCAUCACAGAUUUCGAGAGAUUUUUCCGAAAUGCCAUUUUCUUUAGAUUCUGGAGGUUGUAGAUCACGGAAUCAGGCCAAGCCUAUUCUCCACUGAUAAUGAAGUCUAUUGAUACUAUUCUCCACGGAUGAUAAGUCCAUUAAGCACCGAUUUGGGCCAAUUUAUUUUCGGAUGGCAUUUUCGUAAAUUUUUGGGCGACAAAAGGCAAUUUUCCAUGGAUUUUGAAGGCUACAGAUCACAGAUUCAGCUUGAGGCUAUUCUACAACGAUGAUUAAGUCCAUUAAGUGCCGAUUUGGGCGAAUUUAUUCCGGGUCCAUUUUUUGCAGAUUUCAAAGGGGUACCAUCACAGAUUUCGGGUGAUUUUUCCGAAAUCUUUCGAUUCUUGAGGCUGUAGAUCACGGAAUCAGGCAGUGACUAUUCUCCAUCGAUAAUGAAGUGUAUUGAUCCUAUUCUCCACUGAUGAUAAGUCCAUUAAGCACCGAUUUGAGCCAAUUUAUUUUCGGAUGACAUUUUCGUAAUUUUUUGGGCGACAAAUAGUAAUUUUCCAUGGAUUUUGUAGGCUACAGAUCACAGAUUCAGCCUGAGGCUAUUCUCCAACGAUGAUUAAGACUAUUAAGUGUCGGUUUGGGCGAAUUUAUUCCGUGUCCAUUUUUUGCAGAUUCCAAAGGGGUACCAUCACAGAUUUCGGGCGAUUUUUCCGAAAUGUCAUUUUCUUUCGAUUCUGGAGGUUGUAGAUCACGGAAUCAGGCCAAGCCUAUUCUCAAUCGAUAAUGAAGUCUAUUGAUCCUAUUCACCACGGAUGAUAAGUCCAUUAAGCACCGAUUUGGGCCAAUUUAUUUUUGGAUGGCAUUUUCGUAAUUUUUUGGUCAACGAAAUACAAUUUUCUUUGGAUUUUGAAGGCUAUAGAUCACGGUUUCAGCCUGAGGCUAUUCUUCAACGAUGAUUUAGUCCAUUAAGUGGCGAUUUGGGCGAAUUUAUUCCGGGUCCAUUUUUGGCAGAUUCCAAAGGGGUACCAUCACAGAUUUCGGGCGAUUUUUCCGAAAUGCCAUGUUCUUACGAUUCUGGAGGUUGUAGAUCACGGAAUCAGGCCGAGCAUUUUCUCCAUCGAUAAUGAAGUCUAUUGAUCCUAUUCUCCACGGAUGAUAAGUCCAUUAAGCACCGAUUUGGACCAAUUUAUUUUCGGAUGACAUUUUCGUAAUUUUUUGGGUGACGAAAUACAAUUUUCUUUGGAUUUUGAAGGCUACAGAUCAUGGAUUCGGCAUGAGGCUAUUCUUCAACGAUGAUUAAGUCCAUUAAGUGCCAAUUUGGCCGGAUUUAUUCCGGGUCCCUUUUUAGCAGAUUCGAAAGGGGGUACCAUCACAGAUUUCGGGCGAUUUUUCCGAAAUGCCAUUUUCUUUCGAUUCUCGAGGCUGCAGAUCACGGAAUCAGGCCGAGCUUAUUCUCCACCGAUAAUGAAGUCUAUUGAUCCUAUUCUCCACGGAUGAUAAAUCCAUUAAGCACCGAUUUGGGCGAAUUUAUUUUCGGAUGGCAUUUUCAUAAAUUUUUGGGCGAUGAAAGACAAUUUUCCAUGGAUUUUGAAGGCUACAGAUCACGGAUUCGGCCUGAGUCUAUUCUUCAACGAUGAUCAAGUCUAUUAAGUGCCGAUUUGUGCGAAUUUAUUUCGAGUCCAUUUUUGGCAGAUUCCAAAGGGGUACCAUCACAGAAUUCGAGUUAUUUUUCCGAAUUGCCAUUUUCUAUUGAAAAUAUAUAGUCUAAAAAAUACUUUUAAUUUUC